AUGAGGCUCCAUCUCUCUGGGUUACUCUUCCUCCUGGUGAUCUCGUUGCCCUCAGGGAAUGGCUUGUUUGGAAAUGACGGCGUGGAAGUUCGUACUUGCACUGCGCUCGGUGGCAAAUGUUUCUUCGGCUGUAAAGCAGGAUGGGAAUGGGUCGCAUUCUGUCACAAUGUAUUGUCUUGUUGCAGAAAAAUGAGGAAACAUCUUCCCCCUCAGGCCCAGGAGCCAUGA